AAAUGUCAGAAUUAAAUUUUCUAACCGCAAAAAUCUAUUUUUAGAUCGCGUUAAUCGCAAGAAAAUAUUGAAUUAUGGCAGCAAACAGUAUUUUUUUGGACUUCUCCGUCGACCCAGCUUGUGUAAAAAGCGACAUCGAGCAAUCAUUAAUCGCGAAUAACCUCGAAAACCUCCUAAGAGAUUACCUCCCGAAUUUGAAGCCGGUUCAUGGAUUCCCGAUGGAAGAUUCCCUCGUUAAGCUGUACACUUGCACAAUGGGGGGACUAAUAACAGUAAGGAUUUAUAAUAACGGCCUGGUUACCGUUAACAUCGAAUAUUACAAAGGGGACCAUCAAGAACCCAUCGUUUCUUGCGAGAAAAUUAAAAAUCUUAGAGAUGAUAUUGGAAAUAAGAUUUCCGAGGCUGUUCAUUGUCACCGCUUAGUCCCGAUUCGGAGGAGUAUCGUUGACCGAUACUUCCCAUCCUCAGAUGACCGCUUGCUGGAAUAUGACAUCGAUCGAGUUGUUUUCGACGAAAAAACGGCGUACCAACGAGUUUUAAUCGUUCAUUCAAAAACUUUGGGGAAUAUGCUCGUUUUGGACGAUUUACAAAAUAUUUCCGAAGCUGAUUUAAUCUACACAGAAACUUUAAUGUCUCGGGGGAAAGAAAACUACAAAGACAAAGAAAUCGUUAUUUUAGGUGGCGGAGAUGGUGCUUUAUUGUACGAACUGCUUAAAGAAGAGCCCAAAAACGUGAUUAUGCUGGAAAUAGAUGAAGUUGUGAUGAAGGCUUGCGCUAAACACAUGAAAUCGAUUUGCGGAGACGUUUUGGAUAACUACAACGGACCAAACUACCAAAUCAUCGUUGAUGAUUGCAUUAAAUCCCUCGAGCAGUUCAUUCAACAAGGUAGGAAAUUUGAUUAUGUUUUUGGAGAUUUAACCGAUAUCCCGAUUUCGGAAACGCCAACCGGUGAACUUUGGAAUUUUGUUUUAAAAAUUCUGCAAAUGUCGUUUAAAAUUUUAAAACCCGAUGGGAAAUUUAUGACUCACGGUAAUGGAAAGAGUUCAAUCGAAUCGUUAGAAAUGUACGAGUCGCAAUUGAUGAAACUAAACCCACCGGUUAUUAUAAACAAAACGACCGCUUUUGUCCCAUCUUUCUUGGAAGAUUGGGUUUUCUACCAGAUUAGUUUUGCUGAACGAGCGUAACGAAGAUUCCGAAAAAAAAUGAUUAGUUUGCACACUUGUUCGCAUGUUAGGUAGCACUACCGUUUCGUUUUUUCGUUCCUAUUCUGUAUUAUCUUAACGUUUUAAGAAGUAAAUACAAAAAUUAGUGGUUUCCAUCA